AUGGCUGCUGAAGACAAGUUCGAGUCGGUUCUCUCGACUCGCUACUGUAAAAACAGUCCUCUCGUCUCGAUUCUUUCCGAAACCAACAAGGCGACUCUCUGGCGUCAACUCUGGAUUUGGUUGGGCGAAGCGGAGAAGGAGCUCGGCUUGAAACAAGUCACGCAGGAAGCCAUCGAUGAAAUGAAGUCGCAAAGAGACAAUUUCGAUUGGUCAUUCAUUCGUGCGGAGGAGAGAAAACUGAAGCACGAUGUGAUGGCUCACAACCACGCCUUUGGAAAGAUCUGUCCAACAGCCGCCGGAAUCAUUCAUCUCGGGGCCACGUCUUGCUACGUUCAAGACAAUGCAGAUCUCAUUGCUUACCGUGAUUCCAUUGACCACAUCCUCAAACGUUUCGCCACUGUCAUCGAUCGUCUCGCCCAGUUUUCUCUGAACAAUAAGGAAGUCGUCACUGUUGGACGCACUCACUACCAAACUGCUUCUCUCGUUACUGUUGGAAAACGAGGUGUCCUUUGGGCUCAAGAGCUUCUGAUGGCUUUCCAAUCCCUUGCUGAGUUCCGUGAUAAGAUGCGUUUCAGAGGAAUCAAAGGGGCCACUGGAACCCAAGAUUCCUUCUUGACACUGUUCUCUGGAGAUGAGGAGAAGGUGGAGGCGUUGGAUGAGCUGGUCACCAAGAAGGCUAACUUUGCCAAUCGAUUCUUGAUCACUGGACAGACGUAUUCAAGACAACAAGACUCUCAGCUAGUAUUCUCUCUUUCACUCCUAGGAGCUGCUGCCAAAAAAGUCUGCACUGAUAUUCGUGUACUUCAAGCGUUCGGAGAGCUUCUAGAACCUUUUGAGAAAGAUCAAAUUGGAUCAUCCGCGAUGCCAUAUAAGAAAAAUCCGAUGAAAAGUGAACGAUGCUGUGCGCUGGCCAGAAAACUCAUCAACGCUCCACAAGAGGCGUUGACUAUUCUGGCGGAUCAAGGGCUGGAGAGAACUUUGGAUGAUUCUGCAGGAAGAAGAAUGUUGAUUCCGGAUGUGCUUUUGACGGCAGAGGCCCUUCUUACCACUCUUCAGAACAUCUUCGAAGGGCUCACCGUCCAAACCGACAAUGUCAAGAAAAUCGUUGAGGACGAGAUUGCAUUCUUGGGAUUGGAGAAGGCGAUGAUGAUGUUGACCGAAGAAGGUGUGGAUCGUCAGCAAGCGCACGCUGUGAUCAGAAAGACGGCGUUGGAAGCGAAACAGCUACAGGCGACGCAGAAAGUCGAUAUUCGACAGACGAUGGCUGAUCCUUUCUUUGAUUCGGUCCGCGAUCGUAUCGUCGGCCUCGUCAACAAUCCAAUCAACUUCACCGGACGAUGCGUUUCACAAACGGAAAAUUUCAUUGCCAAAGAGCUGAAACCCACAAUUUCCAAGUAUCUGGAUCAGUCGGCUGCAAAAGUUCAAUUGGAUGUUUAA